UUCGGAACGCAGCCCUCCAAUCACAUCAAUGGAAGGCACAGGGAGGGGGUCCUCCAAAUGGGAAGGCUUACUAGGUGCUAGGGUCUCGUUUUCCUGUCCCUUUUUUCUUGUGGCAGCCAAGGCUUGAUGGUGCGGAAGCCUGUAGGAGACAUUCCAACUCUUUCUGAGAAGUCGCAAGCAGCGAGCUCCCUCCAGGUAUCCAUUGUUGACAGGCGCCUGGUUCUGCCGCUUCAUUAGAGUCCCUACAAGGCUGGUUAAUGUACUGUCUAAUUGCAGUCUCCGUUUUGGUGGCUGCAGCGAGAUUGGUCCCCACAUGGACUUUUAUAACGGGAGACAUGUACUGGAACGUCGCAUUUGUUCUGUCUUCUUGGGAGUUCUGCAAAGAUGUUUAAAGGCCAUGACAGGAUCAAGCUGUUCGUUAGCACGGUGACAUUUCGGCGGUGACAUUGUGUUUCCAUUCAAGCAGAAAACUAAUUGAACUGUUUUUUUUUUUGCUCCAAUUGGGCACAUUCCCAGGGACGCCAGGAAAUUUGGUGGCGUUACGUAGAAAUAAAAGCUGACAUUUUAAUUGCUUUUUUUUUUUUUUUUAUAUAUAUACCAAAGAAAAUUUUUGAAGGUCAGCUUGCUACUGAACCGAUGUUAAGAAAUGAUUUUCUUGACAACUUAUGUACGGUCCAAAGAUUGCCAAUAAAAAGAUAUGCGGAUGAAAGUAAGGCUUUCUUAAGGUCUCGUUGGUGGAACAAGAAUAACGUCCAUGCCAAACAGGAACCCCUAUUCCUUUGAAGACUGUUCAGAACAUGUACCACUCCUAAAGAGCGCCUGUGAUCUAAUGACACCUCACUUCGACGAUGCCGCUAACCAAGACCUGGAAGGGGACUAUGUGGACCUCUUAGAUACUGCUGUCACGGCAGAAACUAGACCAAUCGCUCCUUGCCACCGUGAAAUGGGGGAUGCCAACAAGUUCCCAAAAGGCAACGAAGAUCCUGUUACGAGUGUCACUAAUAAUAAUAAGUGGGUGUGCGGAAGACUUCAGGCCAGCGAAAAAGGGGUGUGUACCCCUUGCCUAAGGAGGAAGUUUAACAAAGAUUCCGACGCCAAGGAAACAAAGUGUCGCUUUCGUCAGUCCUACGUCGCCGCUCUCAAAAAUCCCGUUAGCUUCACCUCUGCCCCGAUGGAUGAUAUUUCGGAGGAACCCAUGAGCAGAUCUACCACGUUUGCAGCUCUAGAAAGCCCCAUCUGUUCACGUCGCAAAACUCAAAGCCAAGCGCAUUCGUCUUGGCUCUUCUCACCAAAAACAGGAGAGUCAAAGUCAGGAGAUGUAUAUACACCGCUACAAAACCCAAAAACCAAUCCCACUUCAGGGUCGGAAUCAUCGUCCCCGUCUCUUGUGCACAGGUUUUCCUUUCUAAGAGGCCAACGUAAUUCCUCGUCUGGGAGCGAUGGCCUGUCUAUGGAUUCUAAUUCAAGCCAGUACAGUGGAACGUGGAGACGGGUAUCUGCAGUCUGCUCCCCUCGGCUUAGUCGUGCCAAGUUCUCUGGAAAAGGAUCAGCAGUAAAUGUCACCCCAGGUGUGGAGGUGACAUCAUCGGUGCAGAAAGUGCCAUCCAAAUCUGGCCUGUGGGUUUCCAUUGUAGGCUCUCCAUCUAGAGGGACCAUACCUUGGGAGAUCAUCAAUGAUCCUCCUAUCGAGUGUCAGGAGCUUAGUGCCAAAUUACUGUAUUCUGGAAUUGCAUGUCUUCCAGGAAGCCGGGACAAGAUGGGCAGGGCAAUAAUCCAAGUGACCACAGAUAGUACAGCCUGGGAGGCAUCGUGGUGCUCAGUGAAGGAGGUGACACGCCUCUUACUCUACCUGUGUUCGGUGGCCAGAAAGGAGAUAAAAGACCUCGGAUUGAUGGUUUUAGUGGAUGCCAGGAAGCACCCUCCAUCUUCAUGUCUCCAUGCAGCUCUGCAAUGUACCCAGGCUUCCUCUCCUGGCUCUAUCCAAAGCAUUGUGAUGCUUGUAGAAAAGGAGACGUCUCCUCAGCUGGAGAGAAUCCCCGGACUGCAGGUGGAAGUCCUGACAUCCUUGAAAUCAUUGGGCCGUGCGGUAGACAUUGGACAGCUCACCUGGGACCUCGGAGGCACCUACCCGUACUGUCACAGCGAGUGGGUCCAAUUUUAUCAGAAGCUGGAUGCUUUCCUAGCAGACCUGCGGAAGGCCUCUGACUUACUACAACAUGCUAUCCAGGAGCUGGGUGAAGGCAGCACUCCUCUAGACUCAAAGGAAGCAGAGGAAAAGAUGAACCAAUAUCGGGAGCUGAUGAAGGUGGUCCUGAGUGACUCCCGCUUAGUGACGCUACAGAGGGAAGGAGGGACCACCCUGGCCAGACUGCGCAAGGAGGCAACUCGCUUCUGCUGCUCCAAAGAUGUCAGGAGUGCUGUGGAGUCCGCUGUGCAGAUGUACAAUCACCUAGAAGAACGAGUGCAUGCCUUAGUGACUAAGUCCAACCGUAGGAUGGAGCUUCUAGAGUCACUGUUAAAGGUCAAAGAGCUGGAGGGACAAUUUGACCAGCUCACCUCUUGGAUGGAUGGAGAUGGAGACAAUCAGCUGCGUGAAAUGGAUAAUAUGGAAUGGUCUCUGGAAAGCUUAGAGAAAUAUCACAAAAAGUUUAAGGAGUUUUUUCUCCAAGCAACAGUGCAUUAUAACCACGGGCUGGUCCUUCUGGAUAAUGCAAAUAAAUUCAAUGGGUCACUGUUUCCAGAAAUGGAGUCAUUUAAGGCUACAAGAGGAGGCUUCCAGACCAAACUAAGCAGCUUCUACAUGAGCGUGGAGAGACAAAAGGAGGAGCUGGAGAAACUUCUCAGUCUUUACAGAUUUUGUGAUAAGAUCACACAACUCACUGUGAGUUGCAGUCGUUAUGUGGGCCAACUGAAGGUGGCCGAACAAAAACUGUGCCAACCAGAAACCCAACAGUGCCUUGAGACCUACUUGCAACGACUGACAGAAGAAUUGUCAGAUGACAAAUUCCAGGAGAUGAAAGAGGAAGCCUACAAACUUAGCAGUUGUCGAGGGUUGGCGGUGUGGAAUGAAACCUGGCUCAGGUGUCAAGAGGCGAAGCAACUUGUGGAAGAGACUCUAGAGAAGUGCAGGGAUGAACAGGCUGCAAUUGCCUUAGGCUGGCAUAAGGAUACCACCUUGGUCUCUGGUGUUAGUAGUCAAGGAGAUGGUACCAUGGUGAGCUUUUCAAGUGAUACAGCACAAGGGAAUCGAAAGGAGACUGACGAGUUCAGACCUAGGGGUGGUAUGCGAUCUGCAGAGUCAACAAUUAUAAACUGUUGUAGUUUCGGGCUUCAUUCUGGCUCUAUGGGGCUUUUUCUGAAGGCAUCCAGGAGCCAAAGGAAUGGAAGGACAGCCAGAGAGACUGUAACCUCACAGGGAUGCUCCACUAUUGAUGAGUCUAAGAACAGCAGUGGGUCAGACCCAGAGAACACUGAGCUGAUGGUUCAGAACUCAAACAAUGAAGCUCUAGAGAUUUUACAUACUCCCAGCCCCAAACUUCCUAGGUCUGUCCCAGUUCAAAACCCUUCUUCUACAACUCCAGAUCACCACCCGUGGAUGUACUAUAGAAGAACAAGCAGCGAUGACUCAAGUAGCCUCUCUAGGGAUGAGAGUGGCAAAGGAGUGAAGCAGUCUGGAAAGCGAUGUCAUCUGUCCAGGCAUGCCAGCUUCUCCACGGGGGAUUCAGCCUCUCAGUACUCCAGUGAAAGUACUUCGGCAGUCUCUCCUUUGUUAGCAAUGGAGCCACUUAAUCCACGCCUUCCUUGGAUGAGAAGAGCUCUGACGGAGUCAACUCGGGACAGUGACUGGACAGCAAAAUUCAGCUUUGCGAAACUCCACAGAAUAAUGGAAGAGCUGCUUGCCACUGAGCGAGAUUACGUGUGUUCAUUGGGUUACGUUCUUUCACACUACCUGUGUGAGAUGGAUCAGCCUGACCUCCCACCAGCCCUACGUGGUCAGCAUGCUGCCAUCUUUGGAAAUUUAGAAAAAAUCUAUGAGUUCCACAGUCAUGUCUUCCUCCAGGAGCUUACCAGCUGCAGAAGAGACCCUAGUCACGUGGGACGAUGCUUCCUCAAACAUAAAGAACAGUUUGGAUUGUAUGCGUUCUACAGCAAGAACAAGCCUCAAUCCGACCGGCUACUACAAGAGCAUGGGGCUGUGUUUUUUAAGAGAAAGCAGCAGGAACUGGCCGACAAGAUGGAUCUCUCCUCCUACCUGCUAAAACCCAUCCAGCGCAUCAGCAAGUACAGCCUGCUCCUGCAGGACAUGGAGUGGGAGUGCAAGGGACAGAACACACGGGAGGGGGAAAUGAGGGCUGCGCGGGAAGUCGUGCGAUUCCAGCUGCGCCAUGGAAACGAUCUGCUUGCCAUGGAUGACAUUCAGGACUGUGAUGUUAACCUGAAGGAACAAGGCCGACUGCUAUGCCAAGGGGAGUUUGUGAUCUCCUACAGGAAGAGAAAGUGCCUGAGGAGGGUGUUCCUCUUUGAAGACCUGAUUCUGUUCAGUAAAACCAAAAAAUCUGCCUCGGGAAGAGAAAUCUAUGUGUACAAACAGUCCUUCAAGACUUCAGAAAUCGGCCUAACUCACACAUUGGGAGGCAGUGGACUCUGCUUUGAAAUCUGGUUUCGAAGGAGGAAAUCGGAGGACACGUACACCUUUCAGGCUCCAUCUGCUGAUGUCAAGGAAGCUUGGACUGAGGACAUACAGAAGAUUCUGUGGGACCAGGCAAUAAAAAACCGAGAGAUGCGCAGACAGGAGCGAGCGUUCUCAGGUCUGGGAUGUAAACCUUUCACUGACAUCCAGCCAAGCGAAGCGGCCAUCAGUAGCAGGGCCAUCCCUCUGACCGGAGGGGCAGAUGAAAAUCUACACUCCCCCCCGGCCAUUGCUUUACCAUUCCCCACAUCUCCUCCUCCGCUUCGCUCCAUGUCGGUGGGCUCCAGGAGCAGCGCUAGCAGUGCCGUUUCUCUAGGCGGGUGUUCCUCAACCUCCUCUGGCCGCGGUUCUCUCAGCCCCCAGCAUGGAUCUGACAUGCCCUGGAGAUGCUGUAGGGCAGAACCGCUCCAUGAAAAGGAGGCCAACGUUUUCUUAACGGCCAGUUCAGGCUCUUCCGAGGGAAGUGUGAGUGGAUUCAGCUCACCGGAUUCCAGCCACCUACCACUCGGCCAUAACAACGUGUGUUAUCCAUUGGACUGCUGGCGUACCCAUCACGCUAUGGACAAGCCCCCGGCAAACAACAUCCCAUGAGCGCGAUGAACUAGGGAGCAAUCAUCCAAAUGUCUACACAACUCAUCUGUUCUAUUUAUAUGAAUUUCUUAUACGUGUAAAUAAAUAUGCGACGUUCUAGUGGCCGCCAGAACACUUUACCAAUGUAAUCUCGAAGUUCCGUGUGGCUGCGUGAUAUUGAGAUCUUGUGAAAUUCUUUUCCUGCCCUUAGCCAGAUACCUGUAUUUAUUUUGGAACAAUUCAUCCGGUCUCUUUGCGUCGGAAAUAUCUGAUGAAAUAAAGAGCCAUUUGCACUGGGUUGCAAAUCUGAAA